AUGGAGCGUUCGAAUUCGGAAAACCUACAACCUUCUGAUAAACCGGCGAGUUUCGCUGGGUCGAACUACGGUCAAUUUCUCGAUCAAUUAGCCCUUGAUCAUCUGCAUCUAACAGAUGCAACCCCACAGCCACAUCAAUUACCGGGUUCUGCCGGUCCCAGCGCCGAUUGGAGCGUUCAUGAUCCGGGAUUUAGCUUCACAGAUGCCCUGCACUCUGACGACUUCAGGUUUCACGUAGAUGCAGAAGAACCUGCAGCCGAACGCGGGCCACUGGAUGCUGUAAAUGUUUCUGAUGAAGAUGCAGAGGGUGAGAUUGUUGAGGAAGAAUAUGGUUUCGGAGAAGAGGAUGCCAGCGAAUACGAGGAGGAGGAAGAGGAAGAGGAGGACGAGUGGUUAUCAGACGAUGCAUACGAAGACCCAGACUUCGAACUUGACGAAUCUGACAAUGAUGAAGAUGACAUUGGUGCGGAAGAUGGAGCUGGCCUUACUAGUCAGAUCGAUGCAUUUCACAAAAGCUUACAUGCCGGCUCCAGGCUAGGCAAAGCAGCAAGAAGAGCGAAUGCGAAGAAAGGCAGACGGGCAGCACAAGAUAUGGCACAUUCCCACGAAGUUCAAGCCCUUCUCGGCCAAGCGAACCAACAUUAUGCUGCUGGGGAAUGGCCCGAAACGCUUAAACUUGUUCAGAGAGUAAUUCACAUUGACCCGGAGGUCUAUUCUGCCUGGAAAGUCAUGGGGGAAGUAUAUUUGGCGAUUAAUGAGCCCCGAAAAUGCCUUCUUGCAUGGAUUUCAGCUGCCCAUGUACGACAUCGUGAGGGCGACCUUUGGGUUACAUGCGCCAGGAUGACUCUGGACCUUGAACUGCAGGAAGGAAUGAAGGAAGACGAAGUCAAAGAAGAGGCUAUAUAUCUCUACGGCAAAGCAAUUAAGGCCAACCCGAAAGAUUGGACAUCUAUCUUCGAGCGAGGUAACUUGCUACAAGAAUUGGAAAAAUUUGGCAGGGCGUCUUUGGACUUCCGAAAGCUGCUGGAGAAGAUUUUACCCCAUGACACUAGCGUUGUCAAAUCUUUGACCCAAUGUCUUAUCGGUAUGAACAGGGUAGAUGAAGCCAUAACGACAUUUGAGUCCCAUUUACCGUUCUGGAUCUCUGAGCGUGGCCGAGAUGGAGGCUUGGACUGGAAACACGUCAAUAUGCUAGGCGAUCUGUGCGCUAUUGGCAAGAGAUGGUCGCACGGCAUUAGACAGGUGAAAACGUUAUGUCGGUUGCUCUUGGCCCGGGGAACCGAAACUUUCUGGGAUGAGAUCAGAAACGACUGUGAGUGGGACGAUGACGACGAAAGACGGCUGCAAAUAUCAGGCUUUGCCAAUGGGGCCCGUAGAGGCCCAGAAUCGUAUCAGCUCCCACCGGAGCUAAGAUUCAAAUUGGGCCAAUUUAGGAUGAAGAUUGGCCACUUCGAAGAGGGAUGGAGACACUUCGAAAUUCUUAGAAAGGAAGACGUUGUGGUCAUCGGUGACCUCCUCCUAUCGGCUGGAGACUCUUGUGCUGAAGCUGGUAAACACGAGGAAGCUGUUGAUUUAUGGUUCCCCCUCACAGAAGUCGAGCUUUUCCAAACCGUGGAUUUAUGGCUUCGACUCGGAAAGUCUUACAAGAUUCUUCGUAAUUGGGAGAAUGCACGACGAUGUCUCGAGUGCGUUGUAGAAUUCAAAGAUAACGACCUAGAAUCGCGUUUGCUCUUAAUCGAAAUUUAUGAAGUUUUGGAUAUGAACGAACGGGCCCUAGAAGUUGUCAACGAGGUUAUCGAGAUUCGUACAAGAAUCAGGGAACAAGAACGUGCGAGAGAAGCAGACGAGGAGGCAGGCGGUGGUCUCUUUACUCAGGACGGUAAGAGAAAAGGAAAGGCCAAGAAGUAUAACCCGACAGCCACCGAACGAUAUCAAGCCGAAAAGCAGCGAACGGAACUCUGUAUACAGAAUUAUCAGAAACUCGAACUGUUGCGCCCUAAGGUUGACCAACAGAAUACGGAGGCAAUAAUUCAAUGGCUUGAUACCGCGGGAGAAAUGUUCGACGACUUCAGAUCAUCAAGGGCCCUUUACCCGAGUGAGAGAAGAUUCGAGUAUGCCGGUUUCCUGGGUUAUACAACCGCUAGAAGGACGGGUAAGAGGAACAUAGAGAACCAGAUGCACCUCAUGAAACGACGGCUAGAGUCGAAUUUGGAGUACCAGAUGGAACUCGAAGAACUUGAAGCCAAGGAUAUCGACGAGCCCCAACCAGAUAUUACCCAAUACCGUGGACUCGGAUUCGAUGUAUGGCUUAACAUCAUCUUAAACUACGCUAUUCUCCUAACAUUGCAUGAAGAAAGCGGUGAGGCUGAGGCCUACGAGGUCUGCAAAGCGGCCAAAGAUGCCAAUGUCUUUUAUCACGACAAAGCAGAUUCAGAUCCCACAAAACGACCUAGAUUCCUCAUUUCACUCGUCCACCUAGCUUGUGCUGUUCAUGCCCAAGACCCCGAUCAAACCUCAGAAGCGCUCAGAUAUUUCACAUCUACAAUGUUGUUCCAGGACGAUGCGUACCACCUAUACGCUACCGUCGCUUCGUUUGUCCGCGGGAAUCUUAAAACAUAUCCCGGGACAAAUCUUUUCAGCGUUCAAAACAACCAAAAAUACCUUAUGCGCCAAUUGAAGGCUCUCGACAAGCAUGUUCUAGGAAAAGACGUUGGUGGUGUCUACGCUACCCUACUCCGCGAUGAUAACGACAAAGAAAUCAUCCCUAGCACAAUGAGUAUCAAUGCACUAGUUCUCUAUGCUCAAAUCAUGUUGGACGGACGCAGCUAUACAUCCAGUCUUCACUACCUCUCCAGAGCCUAUGCAGCGCAAGAUAAUCAUCCUAUAAUAGUUUUCCAAAUAGCGCUCGCGUACCUUCAUCGUGCCAUGCAGCGGCAAUCGGAGAAUCGGCAGUACCAUAUCCUUCAGGGGAUAGUAUUCCUACAAAGAUACUAUAAGAUGAGAAAAGAAUCCAAUGACUGGUUCGAUAGACAGGAGGCGGAGUUUAAUAUGGGAAGAGCGUUUCAUCAGAUCGGGCUUGAGCACUACGCGGUGGUGUAUUAUGAAAGGGUUAUCCAGAUGAGUGAUGAUUGGGUUAAUAAUGGGAAGAGUGACGACGAAAAGGCAGAGGAGGAACAGAAAUUUGAGAAUGGAGAUUUACGGUGGGAGGCUGCUUAUAACCUACAGCUGCUCUACCAUACUGUUGGUAGCGAUGAACUAUGUAGGGGCAUUGCUGCGAAGAGCCUGGUUGUAUAA